UCCAGUCUACCUCUUAUGAGUCACCAUUGCUAUCCUCGCCUUAGUCAUGCAGAUGGGUCAAGGCCGGUCAGCGUCGCGUUGCACUACGCAGCGUUGGCCGAUUGCGUGGGCAGUGUGCGGACGAGCUGAGCAGCAAUUUAUGAAACACGGCGUGCGGCUAGUCGAGUCAGCUCGGGGCAGAACGGUUGGGUACUAACCACAGGCUGAGGAUAAGGCUACCUCCCAUUCCCCCGUCGCAAUGGCGCAGCCUCGUCUCUUCCGCCUCCUGCUCGUGCUCGCGCUCGUGCUACUCCUCGCAUCCCCGGCAUUCGCGGCUGGCAGAGCCAAAAAAGGCCGUGUGAAGAUAGUGCAGAAGGACACGCUUUGCUCUACGCUGUUAAGGACUUACUACGGAGGCAGCAGCACUAAAUUUGUGGAGUACAACGGUCGCCCUUGCAAUGGCAGAUGGCCGAGCACUAUCAUUGUGGUUCCGUGACAUGUUGUUGCGGAGACAAGCAAGUAGGUCAUGGGAGAGAACCAAUGAACGCGAGUCUAGCUUGGAGCAGAGUGCUAGGGUUUGCAUAGGGAGUCAGGGUUUGUGUAGGGAGUGGGCUGCCACCGAGUUGCUGUCUUGUUUGCCCUGCCCCUUCAGUUGAUGAAGAUGUUGUCAUAAAGUCACCAUCACUGGGAGAAGAGGGGAUGUCCUCAGGAGUGUUAGGCUCCAUAUAUCCACCUUCCCUAGGGAAAGCCUCCCUAUUACCCUCCCUAGAGACAGAGGAGGUUCUACAGGGCUAUCCCAGUGCCACGGCAGAUGUGCCUUGCAUGGAAGGUUAUGUUGAUGAAUUGCCACAAACAAAUGUGUCAAAAUGUG